UUACAGUGACACAUGAUAACUGGAAAAGAUAUAUAUGUAUAUACAUUUGUCUACGCAUUCACAUGAACUUUUGUUGAAAUAAACACUGAUUUCAAUCCAGUAUUAUUUAUAACUUCUGACCACUAUAAAUAGGCAUAACAAUAAUAAAACGAGUAAAGUGGAACUUUAAUUAGCUUUAUAUUCGACCACUAAACAUAUUAAAUAAGCGAAAUGAACAAAUCUAUUUAUUUACUACUUACUGUCUCUAUUGUUUGUGUAAACUGGAUAACUCUAGAUGCUAAGCCAUUUCACUUAAAAAGUGUAGCAUCUGAUAAUGGAAACAAACUUCUUGAUAUUAAUCAUGAUGAUCAAUAUUCUGACUAUGAUGAAAUAAAACGAAUUUUUCAAGAAGGUUCCAUUAACGAUCAACAACCUACUAAGACGACAUCACCAAUGGCAACGACAACACGGAAACCUACGACUGAAUCAGACAAAGAGGAAAUUGAAGAAUCAGCAGUGGAUGAUUCAGAUGACCAAUCACCAUGUAGCGGUGGAGGGGCAAUAUUUACAUAUACAAUACGCGGUGAUGAUAUUGAUGGAGAUGGUCAUAUGGAAUCCAACAAUCAUGAUGAUGAUAUGCUUGCAGAUGAUUAUGAUUUCAACCCAGUCUAUUCUUGGUUUGGAAGAGAGGAUUCUUAUCACCGACGUCCAAGUAAACCGUAUCGUAAACCUUCGCGUAAUACAUGGUAUUCACGAUAUGACAGUUUCCCUUUCUAAAUUUUUCAUAAAUACUGAAUGCAAAGUAAUGAUAUUACACCAGACAUACAUUUUUAAUCAUUUAUAAUAUUUUUUAAUCAUGACGUUUAUAUUGAUCAACUUAACACCCAAUAAAUUACUACUCACAAUCAACAGUAGUAUGUUUUUAUGUGUUAACUAUUAGUGAUUAUGAUUACUUUGAUGUAGAAUCUGAGUUCUUAUUUUCAUAAUAAACAAGAUUUAAAAAUUUAGAUUCGAACUUCACUUGAUCAAAUCAUUCAGAGCAGGAUCAUGAAGUGGGAGAAUACUGCAUGUAGGAGUGUGAUUUCCAUUAGUGAUUUCACUUUAAGCCUUCCACAAUAUUUAUGUUUUUCAUUAGUUGAUUGAGCCACACUUCAUCGUAUUGGUAACAGGCAUGAAUAAGUUCAAACUUUAAUGAAGAUUACACCAUUUACGUAUUAAAUGAACCGAAGGAUAGACAAAAAUGCUGAACACAACACUGAAAAUUGAAAAUGGUGAUGACAACUUCAGCGUAUAUGCAGUAUAUCUGGUCUUUAGGGGAGUAGUAAAAACAACUAAAUAGCUCAGAUCUUAUAUUUAUUUAACCGGUUUUACAAAAUUCUGGAAUGAAUGAGGUGGAUGGAUUGAUCUAGAGCUGCAACUGGAUUUUAAAAAGCCCUUUUUUAGUAUAUAAAUAAAAUGUUUUUUCCUAUUUUUGCACAUGCAUAUAGUUCCACCCAUAUUACCAGUUACCCUGUAAAACAACGUAAAUGAUUUUCUUCCCCGUUUACUAUCCACAUUAAGUGACCAUAAAACAAUGGCACACUAUCAGAAGCUCCAAACAAUUUCAAAUAUUUGCAUUAAAAACUAUGAUGGAAGUAUAUGGAUUCAUUUCAACAUCUCAAAAAUCAAAAGUAAUCAACGAAUAAUCUUUAAUUAAAUAUGAAUGACUCGACGUUAUACUUGAUUAUCUGGAACGUUUCUAGACUAAAAACGAAAAAAAAUAAAAUAAAACAACUCGAUCUCUUAGUCGCCAACAACUUUCUUAUUUGAACACUUUCGGUACCCUACUGGUGUCCUUAUAGUAUUGGGAUGAUUGUCUUCGUGAAAAUUAAAUUAAAAGUUUUUUUAUGGACUGACAUCAGUUGGAAAACUGGGUAGCUUUUUUAUACAAUUUUGCAGCUAAUUAGUAUUCUCUCGUCUGUCUUAAAUUAUGCACAUGUAGCUGCUAGAUUGGUUAGUCUGUCUGAAAAUUUC